CGUCCAACAGUUACUGCGCAUGUUGCAAGACAUACGCAUCGGUAAAACCAGCAACCAGCUGAGAAUACCAUAGACUAGACAACUGUGGAGUGCAUUUGAUUUGUAGCCGCUUUUGUCUACAAACAAGUACUGAAACCGCCCAAAUGAUGUCUAUUUGUCUCUUCGUAGUGGUCGUGGCUCUGGCCUGCCAAACUUUGUCGACUUUGUCGGAAAAGCUGGAAUCGAGUGGCUGUGAAUACGGGGAAAUUGUUCGCUACAAUAUCACUUUUGUCGCGGAAUGGUCACCCCGGAAAUUCCCGAAGAUGUUUCCCCGGUACCGUCCGCCAGCCCAGUGGUCCAAGCUAAUAGGUCGGACCCACAGCCCUAAGUAUACGAUGUGGGAGAUGGGAGAGCUCGCUUCUCCAGCCCUAAAGAUGUUGGCGGAGGAAGGAGAUGCCGCGGUGUUUGAUCGACAAUCACAGGGACAUAACGGGAUCUUCGACGCUUUUACGGCAGCUCCUCUCCCCAGAGGGAUGGGCCAGGCGUCCAGCAAGAUCUUUCUAGAUGGUUUACAUUCUAAGGUGUCGCUAGUGGUGAAGAUGAUCCCGAGUCCUGAUUGGUUUGUUGGGAUCAGUGACUUCGAUCUUUGUCAGAAUGGUCAGUGGAGAGACUUGGUGAGGUUAAGGUUGGACCCGAUCGACGCGGGCACAGAUAAAGGGCUGACCUUCACAUCGCCCAACUGGCCGAGCCUGCCCCAGGAACCUGUCCAUCAUAUCACAUCACAAAGGCCCAAUCAUAUUGCCAGCGCCUUCUACUAUCCGAAACUGAAGAAGCUUCGACGGAUUGGGUACCUUAUCUUCCAGAAGCUGUUAUCUUACGAGCGGGAGAACAAGCCAACACACACCGUCAGUCACAACCAGAGACAACGUCAGGAAGUGGUCGACCAGCCGGAGACUCGUCCAGAGACUACAGGACCAGGCGUUAAAGCUGGACCUUUCAAAGACCCCAUUAAGGAGUUACCUGUCGCUGAUGGGAUAGUACUGAGUGAUGCACCCUCUGACACAAGAGAUGACGACCGCGAGGCCAUCGAGCAGAAAUCCCAGGGCAAUCCGCCAGUGGGACAGCCCCAUUUGGAAACAUCGCGAGACGAUGAGGAUGAAGAAGGUCUAGAAGGUGUAGCCACUCCGCUCCAUUGUAUCGUGUCCGAUUGGAGCGCCUGGAGUCCGUGCAGUAAAACCUGCGGCUUUGGACAGAAGGAAAGGACCCGACUCAUCAUCCAGAAGCCACAAAAUGGCGGCACAGCCUGCCCCACACUGGUACAGACUAGUCUCUGCGGCAGCAUGAGGAACUGCAGAUGGAAACACUUCCGGUUCCAAAAAUGGCGAUCUGGUUAGAAGAAUGGAUAUUUAUUGGACUUUUCUGUUGAAUGUGAAGUACAUAUACUAUAAAUGUUAUUUGCAAGACCUGAUUUUCGAUAUACUGGGUUCACCUCUGUACAUUGUUGAUACAUACCUCCAAUGGUUGGUAAAUUCAGCGCUUACCGUAGUAAGAUGAUUAUACGUUAUGGUCUUGUCUGGGGAGCCUUGGGGCUCGGGCCUAGGCCACAUUCGCCAGUGGCAAAGGAGCAGUGGGAGCUGGGUCUGACUACCCCUGUGUGUAAUGAUGCAAGCUUUGGUGAUCAUCGGAUAUUGUAAAUAGCUUAUUUAUUGCUUAAUAUUUUAAGGAAGCAUUCCGUCUUUUUCUUGGACGCUUUGUAUAGUUUUAUGUCCUUUGAUAAACCAUCAUGGGUUGUACAGAUUUCCUAGUUUGGUAGUUGUGCCACUGUGCUGUAAAUAUCGCAAUAGUUUGAACAUUGUUUGUGGCUGUACAACAGCAUCUUAGGGCGCCUUGGGUUUGUGAAGGAAUACCGUAUCUGGACACUGUUUGUUUCUGUAUAAUAGCGUCUUACUGUGGGGUGGGUUGGCACUGUGUUGCUGUACAAUCGCAUCUUACUGCCGGCUGGGUUUGUGACGGGACACCAUAUUCGGACACUGUGUGUUGCUGUACAAUCGCAUCUUGCAGCGAGAUGGUUUAUGGACGGGACACCGUAUUUGGACAAUCGCAUCUUACAGCGGGCUGGGUUAGGGACGGCCGCUGGGUUAGGGCCGCCAUAUUCGGACACUGUGUGUUGCUGCACAAUAACAGUCUUGUCUUAAGCGAGAGAACGUUGUACAGAAAAUUAUGUGUGUAACACUGCCAUACAUGGGCUGUAUUCAGCACAAUCUCACCAUUACAGCAAAUAAAGGCAUUUGCCAUAACCUUAUGUUAA